GUCAUAUUUGACAUUAAAUGUCAUACCGAAAAAUAUUGAAGAACUCAAGAGCCAAGACCUAUCGUAAAUAGUGGCUUAGAUAAAUUCUUCCGAAAAGAGCCUGAAAAUGGCUUCAGCAGCGUUAACAAACCAUUUAAAAACUAAAUUAAUACCUAAAAAUGGGUCCAUGAGCAUUGUUUAUAUCAAAUCUGCUCAAUACAGUUCUGAUGGCAGACCCAACUUAGCAGCGUACAAGCGAGGAACGGGUGGUCGCAGCAGUUUCAAUGGAAUUGUGGCCACAGUUUUCGGUUGCACAGGAUUUGUAGGCCGUUAUGUGUGCAAUAAGCUGGGCAAGAUUGGCACACAGAUGAUUCUACCAUACCGAAGUGACUUCUAUGAAGCAGCAAGGCUAAAGCUGUGUGGUGAUCUUGGUCAAGUGUUGUUUACCCCAUUCGAUUUGCGAGAUGAAGAGUCAAUUGCAAGAGCAGUUCGCUAUUCAAAUGUUGUUAUUAAUCUUGUGGGCCGUGAUUAUGAGACCAAGAACUUCAAUUACACAGAUGUCCACGUGGAGGGUGCUAGGCGCCUUGCUAGAAUCAGCAGGGAAAUGGGAGUUGAAAGGUUUAUCCAUUUAUCUUAUUUGAAUGCUGAGGAAAAUCCUGUUCCUCUAGUGAUGAAGAAGCCAUCAAUGUAUAAGAUUAGCAAAUACUUGGGUGAAUGUGCUGUAAAGGAAGAAUUCCCCACUGCUACCAUCAUCCGAGCUUCUGACAUCUAUGGCUCAGAAGACAGAUUCAUACGAUCGUUUGCGACUUUCUGGCGUCUUCACAGCCAUUUCAUGCCUCUGUACAAGGAUGGAAAAGAGACCAUUAAGCAGCCUGUAUACGUAUCGGACGUAGCUGCAGGCAUUGCUGCCGCGGCGCGCGACCCAGACACCAGGUGCCAGGUGUAUCAGGCUGUUGGGCCAAAAAGAUACAUGCUUAGUGACCUGGUAACCUGGUUCUACGCGCUUAUGCGCAAGGAUGAAAAGUGGGGAUUCCGCCACUACGAUAUGAAAUACGACCCUAUUUUCCCCAUCAAGGUGUGGCUCGCCAGCGCAUUAUCUCCAGCUUAUCCUUAUGGUGGGCUACACUGGGAUAGUCUUGAAAAGGAAGCUACAACAGACAGACCAGUAAGAGGUGUACCAACACUGGAAGAUCUUGGAGUCACCCUUACAAAUAUUGAAGACCAAGCACCAUGGGAACUGAAACCCUACAGGGCCUACCAGUACUACAUUGAUGAAAUUGGAGAGUUCCCAACUCCAGACCCACCUAAAGUACAGACAGCUUUGUAAAUCAGCAACACCAUAGCAAUCAGUUAUAAAUUUUUUAUCUACUAAUGUGAUCUAAACUAUGUAGAGCAACUGUAAUAAAUUAUGUUUUGUUUUUAACAGUUAUUAUCAUUAUUAAUGUGAAUUUAUGACUUAGCAAUAACCAUAAAAUAAAACAAAAUGUUAGACAAUUA